UGCCUGUCACCUGCCAGGGCUGGAUCCAGAUGGCCCCCUGGGGCUCCUGCAUCCUCUACCUUCUGAUCAGGAGUGUCUCUGGGACUCCGUCCAACUCUCCAGGUGAAUCAAAGAACCCUUGGGCUACAGCCCCGGUGGCCCCUGGUGAGGUGGUGGAGACUGCAGGUGGGGUGUGCAAGUUCCCUGGACAGUGGCUGAGCUGGUGGCAGGCCCAAGAGUCCUGUGAGCAGCAGUUUGGCCACCUAGCAUGGCAGCCUCCCGAUGGGGUUCUUGCUGCAAGGCUACGCGACCCGGUCUGGGUGGGCCAAAGAGAGGUUCCUCUGCAGAGACCCCCACAGAGGCGCACGCGCACCACGGCCACGCUGGUGUUCCGCGAAAGGACUGUGGACAGAGCAGCACGACUGCGGACACCCCUGCCCGCGCUGAGAGCGCUGACCGCCUGCGCGCACGUGCAGUGGGACACCGCCUCGCCCGACACAGCCACGCUGUUCUCUGUUGCUGUGCCCAUGCAGGCCAACGCGCUGCAGCUGCGCGCCUUUGUCGGGGGAGGCAGCGCGGUGCGUGCUGCGUUGGUAGUGCGCGGGCACCACGGGCCCUUCCUCGACGCCUUCCGCGCCGACAGCCGCUGGCACCACGUGUGCGCCACUUGGGAGCAGCGUGGCGGGCGCUGGGCACUGUUCGCAGACGGGCGGCGGCGAGCUGGGGCGCGAGGACUGGGCGCCGGCCACUCGCUGCCCCCCGGUGGCAUCCUGGUGCUGGGCCAGGAUCAGGACUCCCUCGGCGGCGGCUUCUCCGCGCGUGACGCCUUCAGCGGGAAUCUCACCGACUUCCACCUGUGGGCUCGGACGCUGAGCCCAGCACAGCUGCACCAGGCACAAGCCUGCGCGCCGCCCCCGGGCGACCUGCUCUUCCGCUGGGACCUGGGAGCCCUGGACGUCACGCCCUCGAUGCUGCCCACCGUGCUGGUGCGCUUCCUCUGUCCCGUGCCCUCAGAGGAGUGCCCCACAUGGAACCCAGGUCCUCACACCCAGGGCUCGGAGCUCUGCCUGCAGCCGCGGCCCUUCCUCUGCUGCUACCGCCCAGAGACCUAUUGGCAGCUGCAGGAUGCCCGGUCAUGGCCUGGCCAGGAUGUUAUCAGCCGAGUUAAUGCCUUGGCCAAUGCUACUGUGCUCCUUCCAUAUCCCCUCUCUGAAGCCCACGGAAUCCUGUCCCUGGCUGAGGCCUCCCGCUUCCUGAGCACCCUGGAGAGAGUCCUGGUGAAGGAGGCGGCUCCACUGGGACCAGCUGCACUGCUGGCUGUUGUGCAUUUCCUGAAGAGGGUGACAGCCCUCGGGGCUGGGGAACCAGAGCCCUUGACGGGGCCUUGGGAGCAGCUGGGCCAGGGUGUCAUGUCUGUGGCCAGCCUGGUCCUAGAGGAGCAGGUGGCUGGCGCAUGGCUGUCCAUCAGUGAGGUGGUUGGCGGACCUAUGGCCCUGGUGGCCAUCGUGCAGCGCCUGGCACCCCUGCUGAGCACCAUGCUGACCUCAGAGCGGCCCCAAAUACACAUGCAGUACCACCAUGCUGGCCUCAAGGUGCAGAGCCUACGCCUGCAGGAGGCCAGCAUGGGAGGCUACGUAUUCACAAUGCCUGGUGGGCAUCCAGAGGGGCCCGGCCACAUUCACAUCCCUGCUGGUGAAGUGAGGCGACUGCUCGCGAAAGGCCUUUCAGGAGUCUACGUGGUGCACAGCUGGUUCACCUCAAGUAUAUUCCAGAAUGCCCUGGGGGGCCCUGGCCUACAGCCCCAGGCCUCUGAUAGCUUGGACCAAGCAAGCAAGGUACAGAGGUUCCUAAGCACCCAGCUGGGGUCAGCCAUCAUCUCCUCUGAGGUAUGGGAUGUCACUGGGGAGGUUAGCACAGCCGUGACCUUUCACCUGCAGCACCAGGCCCAGGGCCUUCUGUUCCCUCCCCCCCCAAGCCCAGACACAGGGGGAGCCUGGGCCACCAGCGGCUGCUCUGUGGCCGCCUUGUACCAGAACUCGGCCACCUGCUUCUGCAAUCACAGCACCAACUUUGCCAUCCUGUUGCAGGUGUACGAGGUCCAGAGAAGUCCUGAGGAGGAGUCGCUGCUGAGGACUCUGUCAUUUGUGGGCUGUGGCGUGUCCUUCUGUGCUCUUGCCACUACCUUCUUGCUCUUCCUGGCGGCCGGGGUCCCCAAGUCGGAGCGAACCACAGUCCACAAGAACCUCACCUUCUCCCUGGCCUCUGCUGAGGGCUUCCUCAUGGCCAGCGAGUGGGCAAAGGCCAACAAGGUGGCAUGUGUGGCAGUCACAGCUGCAAUGCACCUCCUCUUUUUGGUGGCAUUCUCCUGGAUGCUGGUGGAAGGACUCCUGCUGUGGACCAAGGUAGUGGCCGUGAACAUGCGCCCAGGCCCCAGGAUGAGGCUCUACUAUGUCACAGGCUGGGGCAUGCCUGUGGGCAUCAUGGCCAUCACCCUGGCCACGUCCCCCCAUGACUACGUGGCCCCUGGACACUGCUGGCUCAAUGUGCACACAGACACCAUCUGGGCCUUCGUGGGGCCUGUGCUCUUCGUGCUGACUGUCAACACUUGCAUCCUGGUGCGUGUGGUGAUGGUCACCGUGUCCAGUGCCCGCCACCGUACCCGCAUGCUGAGCCCACAGCCCUGCCUGCAGCAGCAGGUCAGGAUCCAGAUAUGGGCCACAGUGAAGCCCGUGCUGGUUCUGCUGCCAGUCCUGGGCCUGACCUGGCUGGUUGGCAUCCUGGUGCACCGCGGCCCUGCCUGGUCCUACGCUGCCGUGGGCCUCAACGCCCUCCAGGGGCCGUACAUCUUCCUGGUCUAUGCAGCCUGCAAUGGGGAGGUGUGGAGCGCCCUGCAGAGGAUGACUAAGAAGAAGGCAGCUGAGGGACCCAUGGCCCCAGAAUCCCCACAGCCUUCUCCUCCAUUGCAGAACCCGAGAGACCGGCUGUGGAGCUGACGGCAUUCAAAGCUUCAGGUUUCUAGACAGACUGGAGGGGGCACUUUCCUCCAAGCUCCGCCCCAGCUGACCCCAGCCCCGUAGGCGCAGCCUGUGACAGCAGCGGCGCCUGGACCACCCCUACUCCCGCCGCCUGGGCCUCGAGCUCCUCCUAAGGAACUGUGAGCCCCAGCUCCGAAGUCCUGCUAACCCACCCGCCACCGCAUUCCACGGCUGUGUCCCCUGGUCGUGCUGUCUGUGAUUUGUUCCUUCCGCCUGCCCAGAAGUUCUGUGUGCCCUGUGGUUG